GAACCAUCCAACCUGGCCUUGAACCCCUCCAGGGAUGGGGCAGCCACCACUGCUCUGGGCAACCUGGGCCAGGGCCUCCUCACCCUCACAGGAAAAUAUUACUUCCCAAGAUCUCAUCUCAAUCUCCCCUCUUUCAGCUUCAAACCAUUCCCCUUCAUCCUGUCCCUUGCAUCCUUCAAGCCUUCCUCAUUUAAAACCAGCUCGUGUGGGCACACAGAUUUUGUCCUCAAGCUCAGCGGUCCCUAAACCAAAGGCGACACUCUGAGCUGCUCAGCAGAUGGGUGAACACAUGGUGUUUUGUAGCUACGUGAACAAGUACAGAUACAGGCUGUGACGCAGUGUCAUGUUUCAUGGCUGAUGGGAAAGGGGAGUUCCUUCCAAAUUGGUUUUGCACCACUGCAGAAAUGAUCCUGCUGCCAGGUAUUUUUGCUCUGGACCCUUUCCCAAGCUCAAGUUGCCAUCUCAGAGCGGCAUCAGCACAGCUUUUGGCACAGCACUGCUGUGACCGGGUCUGGGAACUGUCAGUCUCAUGAGGAAGCUUUGGCAAGGGUUGGUGACUGAGGUUUCCACCAAAAAUGAUUGUUGCCAAUCUGAAACCACAGUCCAUCUUGCUGUAAUUGGUGUUGCUCCUCCAAAACUACUUUACAACCUCUAAAAAGAGCCUGAGGAAGCUGAUGAGCUCUUGCACUUAGCAAGAGGUGGUGGUGGAGGCACAUGGUGGCUGGCUGGCAAAAUGUCAACAGUAUGACAUCUCCAGAGACGUUGGCUGAGAAGUUUCACUUCCAGAAAAAUCACCAGCUUGUUGGCAAAAUGAAGGUGCUUCAUGAGUCAAACUGUGGAGGAGAAGGAAAUGAGAAACUCUAGUGGGGUAAAUAGGCAUGGUGUCACAGCAUUUGGGAGGUCCCCUAGCUAGGAAGGAAUCUGCUAGGAGAGGGAGCUGGAGGUUUUCCAGCCAAGCUGCAGCCUGGGGAUGCACCCCACUGAGAAGGUAUACUGAAGCAUCCAGACUUCAUCCUUCGUUCCACAAAGGGUGCUUUUUUGUCCCAGAGAAGACUAAAAUCAGAUUUUUCUUGGGGUGAAAUUCAGUGGAGAGUCAGAGUUCUGCCCAGCCUUGAGGCACAGCUUUGGUGGGAAAGCUGACCUCCUUCCUUGCCAACUGUUCCAUCCUGGCCUUGCAUUGCUGUUGCGAUGCACUUCCAUGGGUGCAUUAUUCCUGAUAUUCUCCUAUCAAGAUAGUUCUUGCCAUGGGAAGAGCUCUGAUGACUCUCCAGCCUGCGUGGCUUGUUUUGUUGGAGCAGAUGACCAUCGGUGAUCCUGGCGCUUGUGCCGUGCUGCAGGGAGUACGCAAGAUGCCCUCUCUUCACCUGUUUUUCUAGCAGUGACUAAGGCUCCUCUUGGACUUGGAUGGGGAUUUCCUCUCCUGUUGGGAAGCUGCCAAGUGCACUCAACCCUCCUUGUUCCACCAUGUGCCAGCGCAGCUCCAAAGGGAUCCUGGAGGGAUCUUGGAGGGUGAAAAGCAAAGGGCACCUUUGUACCGACGGGCUCUUUCCAUGCUCCCAGGAAGCCCUCCUCUCCUUCCCGGCCGAAUGUAGCUCUUUUCCCUGCAGUAAGCAGAAGCAGGAGGGCUGUAAACCUGCUGGUUUCCUGGAACAAGGACUCAUCCCUCUCGGUAAACAGCUGAGUAAACGCCACUCGUGCCGGGGUGUUUGUUGUGAGGAGGGAAAGCACACAGCAGUCGGGAACUUUUGCCAUGGCUGAAGUCCAGGGGCAGUGACAGACGGGUGUCCCUCACAGGCUUUCCUGAAGGUUUGCAGGUCCUUCGUUCCCUGCAGGUCAUCGUCCAUACUUCAGCAGCACCAGGUGUGGUGGCGUUUGAGGCAAGGUCUUGCACAGCAGCAGAUGCAAAUGCCCAUGUGUGCCUGCUGCUGUCUUGCACUGCUCAUCUGCUGAGGACAGCAGCUAAAAUCAGUCCUAGGGCUGGAGGAAAAGAGGGUUUGCUUUGGGUGCCCACCACCUGCUUCAGCCAGAGGCACCGCACAGCCACACAGAGAGGUUUCCACCAAGGCCACGUGUUGGCUGUGCUGUCUGUCCAAACUGUGGCCGGUGCAGGGGGCAGUGGCUGCCCUCAUCUGUCAUGAUACAGAUCCGAAACUGCGGAUAUUUUUGUGCCCACGUGGCUGGUGUUGGCUCAAAGGGACCUUUGUGGCCCACUUUAAAACACAAAUGUCUCCAGCACUCAGAUCUUGAAGGCCUCCAAGGGUGGUGAUCCCCAUCUCCUCUGCUUGAGCUUGUCCCACCCAUCCUGAUCUCCAGCCUCAGCCUGUGGCCUGUCUUGUUCCCAAGAAAUCUGGGUGAUUUGGCUCCUGCGUUCUCCUGAUCCCAUUGUAGCCUCCUGCACCUUGCAGGAAUACUUCCUCCUUGUUUUUUCCGUCUUCUGGAGCAAGUUUCUGUAAAUGAGCCAGUUAUGUGUCCCCAUGCUUUUAGUUCUGCUUUUCUAUCCAGCGUCGCCACUCUGAAGAUACCAACCUUGGCUCUGGGUGCUCCUUCCAUGUGACUGUGUUUCCAACCACCUCAUUCCCUCCUAGAAUUGAUGAGAAAAGAGGACAAAUUUGGAUCCCGAUCUCUUCCCCCAGCUCUGUUAAUGGGCUUUUGGUUUGUCUUGGGUCUCUUCCAAACACGUUUUUCUUAUCACAGAAUCACAGAAUCACAAGGUUGGAAAGGACCCAUUGGAUCAUCGAGUCCAACCAUUCCUAACACUCCCUAAACCAUGUCCCUCAGCACUUCAUCCACCCGUUCCUUAAACACCUCCAGGGAAGGCGACUCGGCUAUGCCUCUCUCCCGCUAGGUUUGUGUAUGUCCCAAAUCACAGCAAGGAUCUGACCUUGGAUAAAGGUCUGGAUCCAGAAUCACAAUUCAGGUCAAGAUGUUUUUGGUGUCACUUUGGAUAUCCUGUUGUCAAGCUGUGUCCAGAAAGCCUGCUACAAAGAGGAAAAGCCUGCAAGAGGCCUUAAGUCCACGUUGAUUCCCAGUUUAAUCGUGACAAUUCCUCUAUGAGCAGGGAAAGUCUUUGGACUCAGCCUUGGAUAGUCUCCAGUGGCAAGAUCUCCAAACUGGAGAUGGCCAGACUGUGCCCCGUAGCCAGAGUGGAUGUGGCUUUUCGUUUUGCAGAGAAGAAUAAACAACAACAAUGGAUUAUGAAACUCUUCCUCACCCACUGGAAUCGACCGGUUUAUGUAAGGAUGUGGUCAUAUGGUGGUUAGCACCAUGGACCUCCUGGAGAUGGUUUAAUUAUUUAUCGGAAGUAGAUGGGGAUGCUGAAAAACAAAGCCAGCAGCAUGCAGGCUCUGGCUGUGGAGAAGCCUCCGUGGGACGUGGGGAAGCAGCCGUCGGGCAAGAUCCUCUCGCUGGACAGGCAAGGGGCCAAGAAAGUGCUGGAGAUCUACGUCAGGCGCUCAUUGAGCUGCUGUGAAAAGUCACUGAUGACCAAGAAAACUCUUCAGGAGAGAGCUGGAGGGCGAGGGAAGAAGGCAGAUGGGCUGCAACGGUCAAAAAGUGACUUCAGCAAGUAUUCAUGUGCCAGACUUGGCCCCAAGAAGGACCAGGAGGAGAGUCCCAAAGCAUCGAACCUGGAUGGGGCUCUGGAUGAUGACAGCAAAGCUCCCAGAGAGGUCCUUAAAGAAGAUCCAGAGCCCAAGAUGAAAAACACAAAAAACUCUUCCCAGGGCAAAACCCAACGCACCUGGUUCAAAAGUUUCCUAAAUUUGCUCCUCAAGAAGAGCCCUGAGGACCAAAAGGAAAAUACGGGGCACAAAGCAAAGGAGAAGAGUGCCAGAACUUCUCACAGCUCCAAAACAGAACGGGCUAAAAGACCUGGAGGAGACUCACACACAUCCCCACCACCAUGCAGAGCCCUGAAGAAGAGACCCAGCCUCAAGAGGGUUUUCUCCUUCAAGAAACACACAGAGGAGGAGCGGGGAGAGGCAGCAGCUGGGGAAAAGGCCAAGCGACCCAGCUGCCUUCCGCUGCGGCAGGUCCUGGCACCAGCCACACCAGCAGAUGUAGAGCGGCCUGACAGCUACUACACACAAGUCUCUGAAGAGAUCGGGCUGAUCGUGCAGGGUUCUGACAGCCAGGGGAGCAGAGCACGUGGAUAUGGGGAGCCACCACGUUCAGCCAGCUCCGAUGAAGUCGAUGAAGCCAUCAGGAAAAUUGUUGCCCUGCUCCAGAGUGCGGGAGAUGAGCUGGACAGACAGGUGAAGGAAGACGCACGGCUACGGAUGUUCUUCAGAGACAUGUCGUACAACGCCUUCAAGAACUUGGCCGAUGCCUACGUGCACGAGGAAAUGACGGCUAGCAGACCUGACGUCAACCCCCGAGAGGUCCAGUUUGCCUUCACGGUGCACCUCACUGCCAAGGUGGCAGGCAUCUGCAACCAGGCGGUGAACAGGAUCAUGGGCUUUGGCACCCGCUACCUGGAAGACUCCUUUGCUCCUUUGUCCUACAGCAAAAUUCUCCAGCAGAACAGAGAAGAGUUCAGCACAGACAACUGCGAGAGCCCAGACUGACAUCGGCUGCUCCGAAGGGCCCGCGGUGCCUGGGAACCCAAGGAUGCAGAUUUCCUGAUGGGAGGACAGUCCCUGGUGGUGACCUGGAUCUGAGGUAGUUUCCUGAGCUGUGGAUUUCAAAUCUUCUAAGGAAAAGCACAGCAACAGCCACAGCGGCAAGAAAUGCUUCAACCACACCUGACUGAGGGCAAAGACUCUAAAUCAAACAACGCCCAAA